AUGGACGCAGUCGCCAGCCUCCUGGUGAAUUCAAGCGGCAUCCCUCCUCCCUGCGAACUCGUGCUGGACAAUGAAACGCUCUUCUGCCUUGAUCAGCCCCCUCCUUCUAAAGAGUGGCAGCCAGCAGUGCAGAUCUUCCUGUACUCUCUCAUCUUCCUGCUCAGUGUUCUGGGGAACACACUGGUCAUCACAGUGCUGAUUCGCAACAAGAGAAUGAGGACCGUCACCAACAUCUUCCUGCUCUCCCUAGCGAUCAGCGACCUUAUGCUGUGCCUCUUCUGUAUGCCCUUCAACCUCAUCCCUAACCUGCUCAAGGAUUUCAUCUUUGGGAGUGCCCUAUGCAAGACCACCACCUACCUGAUGGGCACCUCUGUGAGUGUAUCCACCUUUAAUCUGGUCGCCAUAUCGCUGGAGAGAUACGGCGCAAUUUGCAGACCCUUGCAGUCCAGGGUCUGGCAGACGAAAUCCCAUGCCCUGAAGGUGAUUGCCGCCACCUGGGGCCUCUCCUUCACCAUCAUGACUCCAUACCCCAUCUACAGCAACCUGGUACCUUUCACCAAAAAUAACAACCAAACCGCAAAUAUGUGCCGCUUUCUACUGCCAAGUGACGUCAUGCAGCAGUCCUGGCAAACGUUCCUGCUACUCAUUCUCUUUCUUAUUCCUGGAAUUGUGAUGAUGGUGGCGUAUGGAUUAAUCUCCCUGGAACUCUACCAAGGAAUAAAAUUUGAUGCUAGCCAGAAGAAAUCUGCUAAAGAAAGGAAAUCUAGCACCGGCAGCAGCCGGUUUGAAGACAAUGAUGGGUGCUACCUACAGCGGUCCAAGUCCCUGAGGCAGCUGGAGCUUCAGCGGCUGUCAGGAAGCAGGGUCAGCCGCGUGCGGAGCAGCAGCUCAGCAGCCAACCUCAUGGCAAAGAAGCGGGUGAUCCGCAUGCUCGUAGUCAUCGUCAUCCUCUUCUUCCUCUGCUGGAUGCCCAUCUUCAGUGCCAACGCCUGGCGGGCCUAUGACACAGUCUCGGCUGAGCGCCACCUGUCCGGGACACCCAUCUCCUUUAUUCUCCUGCUCUCCUACACCUCCUCCUGCGUCAACCCCAUCAUCUACUGCUUCAUGAACAGGCGCUUCCGUCUCGGCUUCAUGGCCACCUUCACCUGCUGCCCUAACCCCAGGCCCCAGGGGCCGAGGGGAGAGGCAGCAGAGGAGGAAGAAGGCCAAACCACCAGGGCAUCAUUCUCCAGGGCGUCUCUCACCGGACGUCCCUCAUGA